AGAUUGUGUGCUCUAUUGCCAUUCUGCUUGUGCUAGUUGCCUGGUUACAAACACAGGCAUUUAAAUUAAAGAAGUGACUUGUUAACCUUUUGGUUUAAGGUGUUUAAAUUUACUUAGGCAGCUCCUCUCACUUCUGAGCCUACUUCUCGUUUUAGCUGCAAGUCAACAGGAUGUGUGCGAAAACCACAGCAGUGUCAGAACUGUGCAUCUCUUUCACCAUGUUGGAGUUGGGUCUGACAUUGUCACAUAAGAAGCAACUACACCAGAAGAUGCCUAUGAAAACUAUUACGGCUUUGACUUUAUCUUGAAUUAUAUAUUUUAAUAACUUUGCUUGGGACCAUACUUGAAAUGUAUGAUGGAGGUUUCUUCUGUUUCUUACAGUAUUAUUUCACAACAGUAUGACUUGUCAUAUGUGGGCUAGACAAAUAGGGGUGGCCUGUGGUAAGAGGAACAGGAAGAGAAGAGUCAAAAGAGAGAAGGCACACAGUAAGGCGAGAGCUUGUCACGUUGGCAUGUGAAACUCUUAAUAGCAGGCUUUUUUUUUUUUCUUCUUCGUAAAGAUACUGACAAAUGAUAAGCCAAAAAUGCUGUGCUCAGUCUGUAGUGACUUGAAGAGAUGAUACCUUGAAGAGAACAUUUUUGAAACGUAAGGUAAAGGAUUUGACAGCGAGAUUAAGGAACUGCACAGAGCUCAAAGUUGAAAUGGCUGAAGGGGGACUGCUAGAACCUCUUGUCAUCACAGAAAACGAAGACAUAACUGAUGGCGUCACUGAAAGCGAGGUAGCGAGCAGUUUCGUUGUCAUUGUGCAGAGCUGUAGUGGAGAGUCGGCUCUGAAAAAAGAAGAGGAGCACAUGGAAGACGACAAGAAUAAAGAACAUGUAGAGAGUGACAUGUGUUUAAAAGAGCAGAACCCAGAAAAACAACAAACCACCACAGAGGGAAGCCAGACAGGAGACACUGUUGUGGAUGAACAGGACAAACCAGAGGAAACUGAAAACACAAAUGAUGGACAGAACAGAGGUGAUAAUGAGAGUAUAGGUCAGACAGAGGGAGCGAUGAGGAUCAGUGAAAAACCUGAGAAUACCAGUGAGACAGAGGUCAUACAAAAUGACCCUCAAGUGGAUAUAAAGAGGUCGAAUUCCUCUGAGGAACAACCCGAAGCAACAAAAUGCCAAGAAGAGGAUUCAAAAAAGUUAACCCCUGACUUUCCGGAGGCAUUGUAUGAGCUGCUCUGCACCCUUCAGGAGGGGAGACGGCUCAAUGACCAACGCUGCUCCUUCAGACUUGAGAGUGAGGUCAGGAGGCGGAGGUGCCACUCUGAGCCAAACGCCACUAGGCCAGCCAACAGAGUCAUCUUUUCUUCAAUGACUUCACUGCAGAAAGAGGAGUUUUUUGAGCUGGUGGCCACCGCUCAAGCACGCCGGCUGGACGACCAGAGGGCGCAUCUCCAAAGUUCUUCACCGGUAAAGCCAAAGGCCAGAAGUUUCAGAGGCAGCAUAAAACAACUCUCUUUGGUGAGAAAGCCUGCACCUGUUCCUGUGCCCAAAGAAGACCUGUAUAAUAUGAUUCUGACAACACAGGCACAGGGCAGGCUGGAGGACCAGCGUAGCAGGGCUCCUGGUCCCAUGGAUGAUGAGGACUUCUUCUCCUUGCUCCUGAGGGUCCAGGGAGGACGCAUGGACGAGCAGAGGACUGAACUACCUUGUAUGCUGCAAACCUGAGCUGGAAAACAAAAAGCUGUGGGGCUUUGUGUGAGAUGUUCCAGUAUUUUAGCCUUUUCAGUCAGAUUUCUUGCUGACUUUAGUGAUGCUUUGUUUUAUGAAAUGGUUAUCCCUCCUUAUAGCGUUGGUCAGUGUUAAACUGGUAUGAUUGUAGCAAAAACGCUAAUGUUUGACCAAGAGAGCUUCUGAGAUAACUUGAGUGAUGUGAUUGUUAAGUUUACUUCUAGUUUGUUUCUUUCUUUCCUGUUAAGUAGGAUCAGUAGACAUGCUUUCAUACUGGAGAAGUUCACAUCUUACUGAAUGUCUGCAAUGAGUAGUUGAAUGGUUUUGUGUAUGUUGUGGAGGAGGUAGUCUACUGAUCUGUGUUGUUCUCCUUAUUUGUACAGUAGAUAUUAAACACACCAGGGACAGUGACAAGGAGAUAAUAGGCCACACAGUGCUUCACUGUAUAUGGAUAAUUCUCCUCUGAAAAAUAAAUGUGCAUCUGAGCCAUUUGCAGUUUGUCCAGAAAUUUUCCAGGAGAAAAAUACAUUUAAAAUGUGCUCUGAUGUGGAUAUCUUUCAAGUGUGUUUCCUUUCCUUUUCAUUUUAUUUUUCCCAUCAAACAUAAACUAUGUUGAUACAAACAAGGAA